AUGGCCGGGAGCUCGGCGACAGCCCCCGCCGCCGAGCCGCUGCCCCGCAGCAUCUUCAAGAAGUUCCUGGUGAUGCUCUGCUCCCUCCUCAUGUCCCUCUACGUCUUCUACUGCCUGGCCGACCGCUGCCAGACCCUGCCCGGACCCAUCAUCGCAGCCGGCGCCGCCUCGGAGGAGGAGGAAGGGGGCGGCGGGGGGUACCUGGGGGGCUCUGCCGAGCUGCCCCCCUGGCAGGCGGCUGCGGCGAGGAGGAAGCGGCUGCUGCAGCGGCUCAAGCAGCAGCAGCGGCGGCGGCGGCAGGAGGCGGCGGGGGCUGGCCCGGAGAUGAUGCCCGGAGCCGGGAGGAGCCGCCCGGGGCGCUCCGGCGGCGGCGGGGGCAGCGCUGCGGGGACCCCCGGCACCCUGACAUCGCUGCUGGGGGAAGGCAGCAAGCGGCUGCCGCAGGCCGUCAUCAUCGGCGUGAAGAAGGGGGGGACGCGGGCGCUGCUGGAGUUCCUGCGGGUGCACCCCGACGUGCGCGCCGUCGGCGCCGAGCCCCAUUUCUUCGACCGCAACUACGAGCGGGGCCUCGCCUGGUACAGGGACCUCAUGCCCAGGACCCUGGAGGGGCAGAUCACCAUGGAGAAGACCCCCAGCUACUUCGUCACCAAGGAGGCCCCGGCCCGCAUCUCCUCCAUGUCCAAGGGCACGAAGCUCAUCGUGGUGGUGCGGGACCCCGUGACCAGAGCCAUCUCGGACUACACCCAGACGCUCUCCAAGAAGCCCGAUAUCCCCACCUUUGAGAGCCUGACCUUCAAAAACAGGACUACGGGCCUGAUCGACACCUCGUGGAGCGCCAUCCAGAUCGGCAUCUACGCCAAGCACCUGGAGAACUGGCUCCUCUACUUCCCCAUCGGGCAGAUCCUCUUUGUCAGCGGGGAGAGGCUGAUCAGCGACCCCGCGGGGGAGCUGGGCAGGGUCCAGGACUUUCUGGGCCUCAAGAGGAUCAUCACCGACAAACACUUCUACUUCAACAAAACCAAGGGCUUCCCCUGCCUGAAGAAGGCGGAGGGCAGCAGCAAACCCCACUGCCUGGGGAAAACGAAAGGCAGGACCCACCCCGACAUCGACCAGGAGGUGGUGCAGAGGCUGCGGGACUUCUACCGGCCUUUCAACAUGAAGUUCUACCAGAUGACGGGGCAGGACUUCGGCUGGGACUGA